AUGAGAAAUGUCGAUGUAUCGGAGCUGACCGCCACCUUAGGAUGGACACAAGAUGAGCUGGCGCUGGUAAAUCAUUCCGCACCCUGGGAAGAGAAGAUGUUCCCUAAAAUCUCUCUGUUCCUCCACUUCAUUGAGAAGUCCAGGACACCGUUUAUGAUAUACAUCUUUCAUUUCCUCAUUGAUUAUGCUGAGUUUGUUUUCAUGACGAUGGACGUUCUAACCGCUGUGGCACUAUACAUGGCCGUUCAGGAUUUCAAUCGCAUUACAUUCCUGAAACAGAGGUUUGAUUACGAAUCGAAGAAAUACGGGACGGACGUCAUUGACCUGAUCAGGACUCCGAAGGAAAUGUGUCAUAUUCCUCUUAAGGUAGCACUGUUCUACAUGCUGAAUCCUUUCACUGUGCUCACCUGCGUGGCAAAAUCCACCUGUGCCAUCAAUAAUGCCAUCAUCGCAGCUUUCAUGUUAGCAACUGUGAAAGGAAGUGCCUUCCUCAGUGCGAUAUUCCUGGCUCUAUCGACAUAUCAGUCCUUAUACACUAUCACCCUGUUUGCCCCAGGAUUACUAUACCUUGCACAGAAACACUACCUGUUCGUGAGCCUGAAAUGUCCUGCGUUCUGGGCGUACUCCGUCAAGUACGCGAUGAUGUUCCUGGGCUGCCUGCUCGUGACCACGUGCCUUUCCUUCUUCUUGCUGAGUUCCUGGGAUUUCAUUCCUUCCGUUUACGGCUUCACCCUUUCUGUUCCAGAUCUCACCCCAAACAUCGGUCUGUUCUGGUAUUUCUUUGCCGAGAUGUUUGAGCACUUCCGCUUGUUCUUCUUGUUUGUGUUCCAAAUCAACGUUUUCUUCUACACUCUCCCACUCUCACUGAAGUUAAGGGACCAUCCCAUGUUCUUCAUGUUCAUUCAGAUCGCGAUCAUUGCCAUCUUUAAGUCCUACCCGACCGUAGGAGAUGUAGCCAUGUACAUGGCAUUGCUCCCCAUGUGGAGCCACCUUUACAGAUUCCUGCGGAACAUUUUUGUGGUGACGUGCAUUCUGAUCACAACAUCCUUUCUGUUUCCGGUCCUUUGGCACCUUUGGAUUUAUGCUGGCAGUGCCAACUCCAACUUCUACUAUGCCAUCACCCUAGCCUUCAAUGUUGGACAGAUCUUGCUAGUUUCCGAUUACUUCUACGCCUACCUUCGGAGGGAGUACCAUCUUGUGAAAGGACUACAUUUGAAAAACAAGGCUGGAAGGGACGCCCACAUCAUCCUCAAAUAAUAAAUUGCCAGAUUUCCCACCAUUCACUGGGAGCCCAGUGCACUCCUGUUUCAUUGCAUGGGGAAGUUGGUACUCGGGACAUAGGAACAGGAGGAGGCCAUUCAGUCAUUCAAGCCUGUUCCGCCAUUC